CUGACACUACAAUCUCACUACAUUCAUUCCCUCUCUCUUGGCAAAUGAUUAGAUGAAAGCAAACUAGUAGCUCUAACACCACAAUCUCACUCUACAUUUCCUCUCUCUCACCUUCCCAACAAAGACAGACAUGCUAACUGCGAAGGUUGUAUAACUGAUCAAAUAAUUAUCACCCUCCUCACCUAAAUCCCUCAUCUCCCACCACUUAUAAAAACUCUCUCCACUCCCCCCAAAACUCAUAUCAAACACUUGCACAAAAUAUCAAACACCUUGUGCAUGCAAGCACCACUCUUGCUUUGGCAUUAUUUGUUUUCAAGCAAAUUAAGCAGCCAAAACCCCACCACACUCAAAAAACAAGAUGGUAAAGCUUCAGCAUCAGCCUCUUUUCUCACUCACACUUCUACUUAUCUUGCUCUUCCAUUGCACCAAAACCUUAGCCCAAGCUCCUGCCGCAGCCCCUGCUGCUGCUCCUGCUGCUCCUGCAGCCCCAGUUGCCCCAGCUGCUCCAAUUGCCCCAGCUGCCCCAAUUGCCCCAGCUGCCCCAUCAAUUACAGGGCCAGCAGUUCCAGCACCACCAGCUGAUGCCCCUGCACCUCCAGGCCCAACCAACAUCACCAAAAUCCUUGAAAAAGCAGGUGGCUUCAAUGUCUUCAUCCGCCUUUUAAAAAGCACCCAAAUUGAUAGACAGCUCUACAGUCAACUCAACAACUCAAAUAGCCAACUCACCGUUUUAGCCCCAACUGACAGUGCCUUCUCAAGGCUCAGCACAGGCUCACUCAACUCUUUGGGCGAUGAGCAAAAAGUGCAGCUCUUACAAUUCCAUCUGAUCCCAGAUUUUCUCACAAUCCAAAACUUUCAAACUCUCAGCAAUCCAGUGAGAACCCAAGCUGGAACUGGAUUUGAGUAUCCACUAAACAUUACCACAACAGGCAGUUCAGUCAACAUUUCCACUGGCCUUGUGAACACCUCCAUUUCAGGCACUGUCUACUCUGAUAAUCAAAUUGCUAUUUACAAAGUUAACAGUGUGCUCCAGCCUUAUGGUGUUUUUGCUCCCAAGCAUCACCAACCGUCACCCGCUCCGGCACCUGCACAAGAGAAGCCUAAGAAGGAGUCUUCAUCAUCGGAUUCUGAUGACACUACUCCUGAUGUUGCUGAAGUGAAGUCUGGUGCUGUUCCUUGUCUGAUCCCCAAGAUUAAUGCCAUUGUCUCCAUUGGAGUUGCUGUGGUUGCUGCUGCAGCUCUAAGCUUUUUGUGACAGAAUUGUUGAUUACUUUGUGCCAAUGGAUAUUAUGCUGGAGUUGGAUUAAAGUUUACGCACACGGUGGAAUUAUAUAUGCCAGUUUGUGAUCAUAUAUACAAGAUACCAAAUACUGUGUAACUAAUGAAUUUCAUGGGGUUCUUAAUUUGUUUGUUCAUUGUAAUCUGUAUUUGUAUUACAUUCCUUUUGUGAUUCUGUGUAUUUUGAGAAAUCUGUAUAAAUUCC